CCGGCUGCUGCGCGUCCCGGUGAUCGGGAGAAGAAGAUGCGGCUGAGCGGCCGGCGCGGACUGAACGCACGACGGGCCCCAUCGGAGACGUUUAUUUCCGCUUCCCCUCGUGGAGUUUCUGGCCUGAAGUCGCCGUGUUGAUGUCGAUGUGUCACCGGGGCGGCGCGGAGACCGAUCAGCAGUAACGGGCCGGAGGAAGAGGAGGAAGAGGAGGAGGAGGAGGAGGAGGAGGAGGAGACGGAGAGCAGCGAGUGACUGAGAGGAGUUUGGCAUCAAAUUGCACCGGAUGUCAUUACACGCUGUUAAAUAUCGAGCACUAUAAUCCGGAACCAAAGGAAGAGCCAUGGAGGCUGUAACACAUCUGUUGAAUGACACGGUAGAAUUUUACAAAUGGGGCCUUACUAUAGCAGACAAGAGGGUGGAAGGCUGGCCGAUGAUGUCGUCUCCCAUCCCCACCCUGGCCAUCAGCUGCCUGUACCUGCUCUUCCUGUGGGCGGGGCCUAGAUACAUGCAGGACCGCCAGCCCUACACACUCAGGAAGACCCUCAUAGUCUACAACUUCAGCAUGGUGGUCCUCAACUUCUACAUCGCCAAAGAGCUCCUACUAGCCUCCCGAUCGGCCGGCUACAGCUACCUCUGUCAGCCCGUCAGCUACUCCGACGACGUCAACGAAGUCAGGAUAGCAUCUGCUCUCUGGUGGUACUACAUCUCCAAAGGAGUGGAGUUCCUGGACACCGUCUUCUUCAUCCUGAGGAAGAAGUUCACCCAGGUCAGCUUCCUCCACGUCUACCAUCACUGCACCAUGUUCAUCCUCUGGUGGAUCGGCAUCAAGUGGGUCCCCGGGGGACAGUCGUUCUUUGGUGCAACCAUCAACUCAUCCAUCCACGUGCUCAUGUACGGGUACUACGGCCUGGCCGCUUUGGGACCUCACAUGCAGAAGUACCUCUGGUGGAAGAAAUACCUCACCAUCAUUCAGAUGAUCCAGUUCCACGUGACCAUCGGCCACGCCGGCCACUCCCUCUACACGGGCUGCCCGUUCCCCGCCUGGAUGCAGUGGGCCCUGAUCGGCUACGCCGUCACCUUCAUCAUCCUUUUCGCCAACUUCUACUACCACGCUUACCGGCGCAAACCCGCCGGGCUGAAGGGAGGGAAGCCCGCGGCCAACGGCAGCUGCGCGGUAGCCAACGGUCACAGCAAGGCGGAGGAGGUGGAGGAGAACGGCAGGAGGCAAAAGAAAGGGAGAGCGAAAAGGGAGUAACGGCUGCUCAGUGAAUACAUAUAAACAUACAAAAACAAAAAAAGGACAGUCGUGUUGAGGAAGAUAGAAGGAGGGCGGGGAUGAGCAGGAACCAGACGGGCUUCACCAUCCCCGCACGUUGUGUAGAAAAUGUGGUUUGUGACCGACCUGGACAGGUGGAAGGGUAGCAGUGUGUGUUUGUGUCUGUGAGGGGUUGUGAGAGGAGGAGAGGGGUGUUGGUUGUCCAUCCAUCAGGAGAACGAUGCUGAUCAUUUAUGCUCUUCUGUCCAACUGGCUGUUGGACCGUAAUGGGACCCAAAUAUUAUAGGACCUACAAUCUGCUCAGCAUCCAGUAACUUAUCGACCAAACUUCCCCUCCAACUUUUGUACUCUGGAUUCCAGUAUUGAUUUAACUGAAAGCUUAAAUAGUCUUUAAUAUGCUAAUUUAUUUUCUAGCGCUCUAUAAGAGCUGUAAUGAAUUUAACUAUUAACAACAAAACAACAUGCACAUGCAUUUUUUCUUGGUUCGGCCGGUAAAUGUAUGUUAACUCAUAAUCAGAGUUGAGAAAAAUGAGCAGAUGUUAAAAAAUCACAUUAAGACAACUGCCAUUUACUGCAUUGACUCUUGUAUUGACCUUCUGCUGUCUGAAACUUAACUGUCACGCAUUUACACAAUUACACAUUUUCUUUGGGAUCUUUGUUAAUUAAUAAUGUGGUUUGAAAAAGACUUUGGGGAGGGGGACUGUAGUUUUAUUUCAUUUAUGCAAACGUGUGGGUAUCUUUCUUUUAAUAUUGUUUGUGCGUCCUCAUGAUUUAUUUAUUUUUGCUCUGCAAUGUAGGCGAGGUGCAAAAAUAAGAGAUUAAAAACUCAGCUGAAUAUUGUCUCUGCCAUGUAGGACACUUUUUCUUCUUCUUCUUUUUUUUCUAAAGAAAACAAAUGGUUAUUUCAUUGUCUUAAUGAGAAUGAAAGCUACACAGCUUCUGGCUGCAAAUAGAACUGAAAUAAAGGCAAUGUCAGCACCCCA